GAGGCCAACUGGAAAGGCAAAAGAGAGAGAGAUUGCCCUGGGGUGAGACCAGACCCUUCGUCUUUUUUUCUUCCACCCUGCUCUGUCUGUGACCUGCCAGAACUGCUCAGAAGUGCUGUAGAAUUUGCCUCAGUUUCCCCUUUUGGUGUCUUCCUGAGCACACCAAGAGGAACUGGCCAGCCUUGAUCUCCACCUCCAGUAAUUUCCACUGGCUUCUAAGAUUUCAUUUUGAGAAGUUACGAUAUUGUUUUGGCCAUUUAGAUGAUUUGGCUGUUUUGAUGUUUUCCAUCAUAAACACUGAGCCUUUCUAGAAGUUCAAUUUCAGUCAACUUUGACAGGCCAGAAGAAGGAACAUUUUCAUAAUGGAUACCUCAUCCAAAGAAAAUGUCCAGCUGUUCCAUAAAAAUUCAGCUCGACCUGUUGGAAGAACUUCCUUUAAAAUGGAAUAUCCAUCCUCAAAGAAAACACAACCGUGCUGUGGAGAGCUAAAGGCUUUCCUGGGUGCCUUGUCUUCCCUUUACUUUGCCAAGGCGCUGGCAGAAGGCUAUCUGAAGAGCACCAUCACACAGAUAGAGAGAAGGUUCGACAUCCCUUCUUCCCUGGUGGGAGUGAUUGACGGUAGUUUUGAAAUCGGGAAUCUCCUGGUUAUAACAUUUGUCAGCUACUUUGGAGCCAAACUUCACAGACCAAAAAUAAUAGGAGCAGGAAGCCUUGUGAUGGGAGUCGGAACCCUGCUCAUCGCAGUGCCCCAGUUCUUCAUGGAAAAGUACAAGUAUGAGAGGUAUUUUCCUUCCUCGAACUCUACUCCUAGCAUCUCUCCGUGUCACCUAGAGUCAAGCACUCAGUUACCUAUCUCAGCCAUGGAAAAGUCACAAAGCAAAAUAAAUGAAUGUGAGGGGGACGCCGGCUCUUCCAUGUGGGUUUAUGUGUUCCUGGGAAACCUUCUUCGCGGAUUAGGGGAGACUCCCAUUCAACCGCUGGGCAUCGCCUAUCUGGACGACUUCGCCAGUGAAGACAACGCGGCUUUCUACAUUGGGUGUGUGCAGACGGUGGCAAUUAUAGGGCCCAUUUUUGGCUUCCUCUUAGGCUCAUUAUGCGCCAAACUGUAUGUUGACAUUGGCUUUGUAAACCUAGACCACAUAACCAUUACGCCAAAGGAUCCACAGUGGGUCGGGGCCUGGUGGCUUGGUUAUCUAAUAGCAGGAUUCCUGAGUCUCCUUGCUGCCUUACCUUUCUGGUGUUUACCCAAGAAUCUACCAAGACCCCAAAGUAGAGAGGCCUCCAGUUCACCCUCUGAGAAGUCCACAUUUCCUGUAGAUGACCCUGUUAACUGCCCAAUGCCCCAUGGAGAAGAAGCAAAAAUAGUAGAAAUGGCAAGAGAUUUUCUUCCUUCACUGAAGAAUCUUUUUGGAAAUCCAGUGUAUGUUUUAUACUUGUGUGCAAGCAUCAUUCAGUUCAAUUCUCUAUUUGGCAUGGUGACCUAUAAACCAAAGUACAUUGAACAACAGUAUGGACAAUCGUCCUCCAAGACCAACUUUGUCAUUGGCCUCAUCAACAUUCCUGCAGUGGCCCUUGGAAUAUUCUCUGGAGGAAUCAUCAUGAAAAAAUUCAGGCUUGAUGUGUGUGGAGCUGCCAAACUGUACGUGGGAUCGUCCGUCUUCGGCUUCCUCCUCUUCCUUUCCCUGUUUGCCCUGGGCUGCGAAAACUCCGAUGUGGCUGGACUGACUGUCUCCUACCAAGGAACCAAACCUGUCUCUUAUCAUGAACGAGCUCUCUUUUCAGAUUGCAACUCAAGAUGUAACUGUUCACAGACAAAAUGGGAGCCGCUCUGUGGUGACAAUGGAAUUACAUACGCAUCAGCCUGCCUUGCUGGCUGUCAAACCUCCAUUCGGAGUGGAGAGAACAUUAUAUUUUAUAAUUGCACUUGUGUGGGAAUUGCAGCCUCUAAAUCAGGGAACUGGUCAGGCAUGAUGGGCAGAUGUCACAAAGAUAAUGGAUGCCCCCAAAUGUUUCUGUAUUUCCUUGUGAUCUCAGUCAUCACAUCUUACACUUUAUCUCUAGGUGGCAUUCCUGGGUACAUACUGCUUCUCAGGUGCAUUCAGCCACAACUUAAGUCUUUCGCCUUGGGUAUCUAUACCUUAGCGGUAAGAGUUCUUGCGGGAAUCCCGGCUCCAGUGUAUUUUGGUGUUUUGAUUGACACUUCGUGCCUCAAAUGGGGAUUUAAAAGAUGUGGAAGUAGAGGCUCCUGCAGACUGUAUGACUCACAGGCUUUCAGACACAUAUACCUGGGACUAACCACGAUCCUGGGGACAGUGUCCAUCUUUCCAAGCCUAGCAGUCCUUCUCAUCUUAAAGAAUAAACAUGUUCCAAAGCAGAGGCGCUUCAUAACAAAGAGAGAAAGAACAACGGUGGCCACAAGAUUCCAGAGGGAAAAUUGUACUCCAAGAGAUCAUUUGCUGCAGCCCAAGUACUGGCCAGGCAAGGAGACACGACUUUAAAAAAAGGACAGGGAACAAAACACGGAAGCCAUGUUUUCCAGUAUGUGGAAAAUCUUCCAAAACAAUAAAAUUUUAAUCAAAGGGC